UCGCAUGCAGUCUCAUCAGCGUGGCGUAUAAAAUGCAAGCUGCCAUGGCCUGGCCUGUGCCAUGUCCGAUGGAGAUGCUUGGAUUCAAAGCACGAGCCCCUCGGGGUAUAAAAUUGACUAAACCACCCCCCAGAAAACUGACAACAGACGAGAUUAUUAAAGAAAGACUUGAUAAUGUGAACUUCAACAAUGGAAUUCGGGAACUAUCAGAUCUGGAACAAAGUCGGUUCAUCGAAGUGAAUAAUAAUGAAAUAGAGAAGGUCUACAGGAUGAAACCAGCAAGUUCAGACCAAACAGAAUUAAAUGGCUCAAUAACAAACAAUAAUGGAUGCCAUGAAGACAAUGAUAACAACAGCUUAAUGCGACAGAGAGCGCGAGCACCAAGGGUUGCUAAACUGACCAAACCACGACCACUGAGGCACAGACUACCCUCCAUAAAGACUGGUCCUCCCACCACAGAACCAGGCCAGGCUACAGAGCAGGUCAAGGACAGACUGUCCUCCUUGGAGACUGGUCCUCCCACCACAGAACCAGGCCAGGCUACAGAGCAGGCCAAGGAUAGACAGCCCUCAAUAGAGACUGGUCCUUCACCCACAGAACCAGGCCAGGCUACAGAGCAGGGCAAGGGAUUUACUCCCGAGCUCUUCAGUGUAAAAUCAGCAGAUGAGGCAGAAGAUAUGAUCCUAUCUGUGAUAGAAAAACUUAGCUCACUUGAUCAGACAAGUACAGAGUUAUUUCGAGACAUUCUGGUAAAAUACGGACCUCAACUGGAAGAAGACAAUCCAGCCUUCAUCAGAAGUUGUUUGGCCUGUGUGGAGGAGUUUCUGAAGAGAGACUGUGCUGAUGCUGGUGUCCGUUCUAUUCUACAAAAUGUUUUAUGCCUGCGUAAACAAUCGUGGAAUCAGGUUAGCGGUGAACAGGAUGCAAAGAAUAAGGGUGAUCAUGGAUAUUAUGGGAGUAAAAAGCUGGAUAAAAAAUCUGAGAAGAACAAUGAACAGAAAGUUAGUCGGACAGUUAGUUGUGAUUCGGGUUAUGGGGACCAAGAUGACGUAAUACUGUGGACCAAUGAGGAUUCAUUUAUUCACGAUCUUAGUGAGAAUUUAAAGGACUAUGAUCAUGGAGAAGAUGAUUUAAUGGCAGAUGGCAAAAAAAUGUUGGCAAACCAAACUAAGGAAGCUAUGUCAGACAAGACAGCUCAUGGUUUUCUUUCAAAACAUUUUAAACCUACAACAGAAGAAAACCCGCCUCUUUACUCCACAGAAACAAACUGGAGUGAUGCAGUCAAAAAACCAAAAGACAGUUUCAAAGGUUAUGUUAACUUUGAUACACAGUUUACAAAGCUGAAGGGGUAUCCAUUCAGUGAUGAUGCAAAAAGAACUGAGCCAGUAAGGGCAGGAUUUGAAGAGUUUAAGACCAAAUCAGACAGUUGGAUAAGUGGGUCUCGGCAAAAUGUCGGCCGCUAUAGAACAGAUGAUGAUAAAUUUUUCUCACAUUCUGGGUCUGAUCAAGAAUCUUGGAGAAAACCACUGAACCACCAAGGGUUCGGAAAUCCUGGCAAAAUGUCCACAGUUCCUGAGGAAGAUGGCACCAGUAAUGGAAUAACAUCAGUCAUUCCUCAAAGACCUAAACACCUUAUCCUCAAAGACAGAAUUUCAAGCAGAGAAGGACAUGGCAAGAUUGUAGUGGAGAGGCAGCCUCUGGGUCCAGGAAGUGACCCCUCAGUUAUAGUAAAAGUAGAGGAGGGUCUACCCAAAAGUAUUUACUCAGCUGCUGGUAGAAGAACCAUGUUCAAGAAAUACAACACUGCUGUGUGUAUAGAUGACAUAGAUUCGGAUGACUUGGAGGAGCUGGAACCAGUCACAUACAGUCGGGAGGAGCUGCUGACCUUGGCUAACAGUCCUCUGUCCAGGAAGAGACCCACAGAGUCCUCUUACCUGUGUAAACUUUAUCCAGAGGUCUGUCUGGAAAAGGCUGAAGCAUAUUACUCCAGUAGAGAUUAUCAGAAACCAUCCACAUUUUAUGUAAAGCAAAAAAAGGAACAAUCUGAGAACUAUUUUGUGCCCAACAAUUUAGAGUGUAAAUCACAGGAGCCAAACCCGGAGUGCCACAGGUUUGGUUUUCAGACUCGUGAACAGAAUUUUGAGUUUGGAAGCCAUAAGAAUUUUCCACGGACCAGUGUGUUGGGACCAUCAGCUUUUGCUCAGGAAUACAGCAAGCCUGUGUUUGGAUCUAAUGCCAACUUUAUUCCGAAAGAUUUCCGUUCUUGUGCUUCAUCAACGAACAAUUCAGAUGAAGGCUCUACAUUCACGUUUCAAAGAAAUGGAUUCGGGAAACCCUUUUGAUUUAAAAGGGAUACUGACUUUGUAUUCCAACCCUUGUCUUUCUAAGUUUUUAUUUUUGUGUUCUAGUCAGUGAGCAGCUGUUUAUCACUUCUGUUCCACUCAAUCAGACAUUUAGUCAAGACUAGUCUAUUUUGUACUUGCAGUAUUAUCAUUUAUUGUUCAAUGAACCUCACUCACAGUUUUGUUUACUUUUCUCAAACUCAUUACAAGAAAUCCCAGUGAAUCUUGAUUUUUGUUGGUCUUUUGCUUUUAGCAUUGUUCCAAACUAAAUGUUGUAUAAAAUGCAUAUCAUUACUCCCCAACUCCCUAAAUCAGAAAUGAGUUUCAGGGUAAGAGGAAUAGUGUCUUGUCUGUUUGUAGUGCUAUUUCAUCUUCAAAUUAAUGUUUGAUACUUUUUAUUACAAAAACUACCUAAAACAAGUUCCUUGAUUUCUAUGAAACAUGUUUUUGAAGUUUACUUAUUUUUAUAAUUCCACAACUUGUGUUCAUAUUAAACUUGCCAUCACUCACCUUUGUAAUUGGUUUUCAGCUAAGUCCAAUUUUUUGUAGCUGUACAUGCUAGCAUCACUUUUUUUUCAAAUGUAAAUGCAGUUCACACCCAAAUUACAAUUUGUUAAUAACUUUGUUUAAAAUGACAUGUAGUUCACUCUUUUGCUGUCUGUAAAUACUUGUACAUGUAUCAUUUAAGGUCAUCCUUAAAAAAUUGUUUGGAAUUGCUGCCUGGGAGUUUCUAGACUGAGAUGGGAGGGAGGGGCCUUUUUUUCACACUUAAGUUUAAUUACUGAAGAAUAUUUUUCACACUUCAGUUUAAUUGAUUAAAAAUGGGUAAAAUGUAAAAAAAAUCUCCAUAUAAAAAAAGUUCUUUAUUUUUUGCUAAUAAAAUUUUAUCAGCCGUGGGUAUUUCAGUGGGAGGCAGUUCCAAAGAACAAUUUUAUUAUGGCCUUAAGGAAAACUUUUUUGGAGAAAUUCUAUUUCGGUAAUAAACCUGAUUUUUCAUUUC